AUGCACAUAGGCUCCAGAACUGUACGAUUUGGCACCUGGAAUGAAACAUUAAUCGUAUGGUGGAAGUAUUCCAAGGAAGAAAAGAAGGCGAAUUAUGCGAAACAUGCGUUGCGAGAAAAGAAUCUUCACAUUUCCCAACCUCACACUCGAAUCGUCCAACUUUUUGACGUCUUUCAAUGGAUGGUCGCUCUUUCUGCACUAUCCUUGCGUUUUGUGGAGCAUCAUUAUGCAGGUAUGUUAAUAUCUUUUUUUAUACCACAUAUUUUGAUAGAAAAAUUAUUUUAAUGUUCUUUUCAGGCCGUCAAUGCUCAAAAUACCUAGCUUCUCAUGAUCCACCGAUCGUAAAAAGGAGGCAGAUGUAA